GUCAUACCACUUGGAAAUGGACGUCUGGGCGCACAAGUGAUGGGAUCGAUACCAACUGAAACUAUCAUCCUCAACGAGGACAAGAUUUGGUCUGGUUCCCUAAACGAUCCCAAUCCCACAGGUUGUUCCGCGGUCUUGCCUGAUAUCAGGGAAUACAUCUGUUGCUUAGGAUUCAUAGCCGCUGGCAAUCUAUUGAUUUUCACCGACCAUUCUGGGACAAUAUCAAAUUAUAAUCACACUUUGGACCUUGGAACCGCCGUCUCUACGACCACUUAUGUCCACAACAGCAUCCAAUAUACCAGAACGGCAUUUGCAACUCACCCGGACAACGUAAUUGUAAUGAGGUUCGCGGCAAAUGCAUCAAGAGCAAUUUCGUUCAAUGCCUCGUUCGUGACGCCUAUGAGUAACCCCGUUUAUGCCGUUAGCUCUAACAGCCUUACCAUGACCGCUAGUGGAACCACGAUGUAUACAUUACCUCCUUCGAUUCACUACAAUGCGACGGCGGUCUUUAGCGCAUCAGGGCCUCUUACUUCUGUCGGUGUUAAUCCUUCAAAUAGCACCGAAAUCACAGUAUCCACCGCGGACGAGGUUAUGGUCAUGAUAGCGAUUGAUACAAACUACGAACGGUACAAUGAUGUAUCGGGAGACCCAUCGACGAAAGUGGCCAGUUCGCUCUCUGCGGCUAGCCAGAAAUCGUACGAAGAGCUGCUUGAGGCGCACGUCGCAGACCACUCCUCCUUGUUUGGCCGAGUGAACAUAUCUUUGGGAACGCCAUCCUCCACCACGUAUUUGCCCACCGAUCAAAGAAGAUUGCUUCCUAAUGGUCCUGACGGCGAUCAAGACCUUUUUGCCUUGUAUACUCAAUACGGACGCUAUCUCGCAAUUGCAUCCUCAAGGAAAACAGAACCGUCAAACCUUCAAGGAAUUUGGAAUUCAGAGUUGUCUCCCAAUUGGGGAAGUAAAUAUACGUUGAAUAUAAACCAACAGAUGAACAGCUGGCUCGCAGAACCACUCAACAUCCCUGAAGUCCUUGAUCCGCUCUGGAACCUGAUCACAGAAGUGGCAGAACGUGGAGAAAUUGCUGCCCGCGAAAUAUACAACAUCUCUCACGGGUGGGUCGUACACCAUAACACCGACAUAUGGAGAGAUUCCGCGCCCGUCGAUGCGGCCUUCUACGGGUUCUGGCCGAUGUCUCCUGCAUGGCUUAUGCAACACAUGUACGAACACUACGCGUUUGGUCUUGAUGUCCAAUUCGUUGAGACGAAAGCGUACCCUCUGAUGAAAAGCCUAAGCCAGUUUUACUUGGACUUCCUUGUUGUCGCCGACUUGGAGGGAACCAGUUAUGUGGUCCCUAAUCCUAGCAUGAGCCCAGAGCAUGGAAUUGGGAAUUAUAACGACACAAAUGUUUCUUUGACGUAUGGCAAAAUGCACUUACCCCCGCGGUACCUCAGGCUUCUUCGCGAUCUGUUUAAUCACACGGCAGAAUUCGCAACAAUGCUAGGUCUCGACGCCGACUUCGCUAGGACCCUCAUGGCCGCUCACGACCGCCUGAUCCCAUUCCGCAUUGGCUCCUUGGGGCAGAUACAGGAAUGGGCUGUUGACUACGACUCAAACGGAAGGGUGUUUACUCACAUCAGCCAUAUGUAUCCGCUCUUUCCCAGUGCACAGAUUGACCCGAGGUUCAAUGAAACACUCGCCAGUGCUGCGAACACGUCUUUAGUUAUCCGAGGUGACUCGGGGAAUGGGUGGCCCACCGCUUGGCGCAUCAACUGCUACGCGCGACUGUUGGACGGAGAAAAGGCCUACUAUUACUUGGCGCGACUGCUCAAGUCAUUUUCCUACGCAAAUCUGUGGUCUAUCAAUAGCAUUUUUCAAAUUGAUGGUAACUUUGGUGGUGCAAAUGGAGUCGCCGAAAUGCUCCUGCAGAGUCACAAUGGAGAGGUUCAUCUACUUCCCGCGAUUCCUCCCUCAUGGACACAAGGCAGCGUCACCGGAUUCAGAGCAAGAGGUGGAUUCACUGUUGACAUAUCUUGGUCAGGAGGUACUUUACAGAAUGCGACGAUCGCUAGUACCGUGGGACGCUUCGCUAGGGUUCGAUAUGCCGGU